GUUCGGAAUUACCUCAAGAAAGUCGAGGAACCAGAUGAAGCAGAAUCUGUCUCCGUUCUUGAUUGAGUACCUAGUAUCUGAGCAUGGCAACUGUUCUUGUCCAGCUGAGAGAUUCUCCUCCGCUUCGCCCCGCCCCAGACAACACCGAACUUGACCCCAAAUAAGGACAUAAAUAAUAGAGACGUUCUUCCCCUGGAUUGUGUAUGAAGAGGUUCUUCCCCUGGAUUACUUCAACACCAAUCCAGGGGAAGAACCUCUUCAUACACAGUAGUUACUACCACAAUUGUGUCUUACCUGAAGUCCUCCAUACAUCACACCUGUCAUUCUUAUAAUAGGUCAUUUUCGUUAGAGCUCCUCACUCGAUCACUCAUGAUUUGAUUCAACUUAAUAAAGACUUUGGUUGUAGUCCUAAUGAUGCUGCACAGGAUCAGGAAACGAAGUUCUGUCUGGGCAGCAUAAAUAGUACACAAGCGUCUUAAAAAUAGGAAUAAAUCUUUAUUGACCUUCCAGCCAAAAACAAUUACAAUACAUAGGGACAAUUUAAACAUUCGAGAAAGAACUAACUUCGUAGUUGUAAAGCAAGUAGACAGAGACAUCUUCUGAUAAGACCUAAAGACUUCCACCAUUCCCAUUAAACUCGUUUUGGAUCUCGUCAUCCCGUUUCCCUUGUUGGUAUUUACUAUUCUGCGUAAGCAUCAAAACCAUCAUUUCGACAAGAUGGGGCAGCCGUCUAGCAAGGAAGUUCGUGGCUCCAGGUCCGAGGGGCGCACGCCUGCUAGGGUCCCUGACGGUGACGAGAAGGCAUCUGACAACACGCCGUCGAACGAAGCAGCAAAGGAAAAAGGCAAGCAGACGCAGCUCGAGGACGAUGCAGUUCCUGGCUCCAGCUCCGAGGAGCGAAAUCAAAGACACAACCAGUUCAUGGACGAUGUAGAUCGCUUGAUAGACAAAGAAAUACAACCUUCAGUGGAAGAUAUUAUAAAAAAACCGGAAUACAACGACAAGGACAUCAGCAGCGCAGAUAUUAAUGGUAAUAGAAUAUGCUACAGCUAG